AUGACAACAACUUCAAAUACUGUGAUAGUAGUAGGUGGACCAGCAGGUACUGGUAAAACCACAAUUGCAGAAUUAUUGGCAGCCCAUUUUCAGUGUCCCUUUAUAGAGGGUGAUGCGCUUCAUCCACCUCAAAACAUAGCUAAAAUGUCCAAAGGGACUCCUUUGACUGAUGACGAUAGAUGGGAUUGGCUCAAAGAAGUGGCGCAAGUUUCUGCCAGACAUUGCACUGAUUCCACUAACAAAGCAAAUAUUGCAAUUGUGUCAUGCUCUAUUCUUAAAAAGGUGUAUCGUGAACAUAUUAAAAAGUGCUCUGAAGAAAGCCUGUCAGACAAGAUUCAAUUCAAAUUUGUAUUCUUACAUACCACAUUAGAGCAUUUGUUUGAGAGAGUACAAAACAGACCUGGACACUUCAUGAAAUCUGAUAUGGUUAGUUCACAAUACUCUAUUAUGGAAAUUCCUUGUGGUGAAGAGUUGAUUGAAAACGGUGGAGAAGCAUUACCUGUUGAUACUACUGAUAAAUUACCUCAACAAAUAUAUCAAGAGACGCUAUCAGCAUUAAAGUUAUAA